GCUUCAGGCCUGCGGUGCUCUGCAAGAGCGACACCUCCAACAGCAGCGCCCCCUCCUCUCCCUAAAGGCCUCUCCAGCCCUCGGCCCGCCGUCGCUCCUAGGGAGCCCUGGCUGGUCCGAGCACAGACGGUCCGCUCUAGUCAUCUCGCUGGGGCUGACCCGACCCCUUUCCGGGCAGGACGAGGUAAGUUCUGAGCCCCUUUUCGGACACGAAAAAUGGGGCCGGCGUCUGGCCACUCCGCCUCCCGCACGCAUGCAGUAGGUGCUCCAUUAAUUCCCACUGAUCGCCAGCCGCCGCGCCCACCGACCGCCCGCCUCAGCCGCCUCACCGCUCACCCGGCCAUGGACGCGGACCAGCUCCCGCAGCCGCCACCGGAAGUGCCGGUCUCACUUCCGGCCCGAGGCCACGCCCCCGGAAACGGCGCGUGGGUUCGAAAGGCGCGCUCAGUGCCGGGGCCUGGGUGAGCGCGGGUGCGAGAGCACAGAACCCACGGGCACCAUGCGCACCUCAAGGCUCUACACGUUGGUCCUGGUGCUGCAGCCUCAGCGAGUCCUCCUGGGCAUGAAGAAACGAGGCUUCGGGGCCGGCCGGUGGAACGGCUUUGGGGGCAAAGUUCAAGAAGGAGAGACCAUCGAGGACGGGGCCAAGAGGGAGCUGCAGGAGGAGAGCGGGCUGACCGUGGACAGGCUGCACAAGGUGGGCCAGAUCACGUUUGAGUUCACGGGAGACCCCGAGCUGAUGGACGUGCACGUCUUCUGCACGGACAGCGUCCAGGGCACGCCUGUGGAGAGCGACGAGAUGCGCCCACAGUGGUUCCGGCUGGACCAGAUCCCCUUCAGGGACAUGUGGCCGGACGACAGCUACUGGUUCCCGCUGCUGCUUCAGAGGAAGAAGUUCCGCGGCUACUUCAGGUUCCAGGGGCAGGACACCAUCCUGGACUACACACUCCGUGAGGUGGACGCCAUCUAGGGCGGCGCCGGCUCGCCCCCUCAGACCCCGAGACCCCUGCCUGGCCAUGCCCUGGCCUCCAGUCUGUCUGGAGCAGGGCUGGAUGGAAACGCAAAUAAAACUUUUUUGACACUUCC